UGCCAUUCAUGCUUUCAAGGCGCUCAAGGAGGACGUGAUCGUGCCAACGUUACCUCUAAUAGUCUGGAUAGAAAGCAGCAUGCCAGGACAACAAGCGUUCAUCUGUGGCCUCUCGCACGAGGUGACCAUAGCAGUCCUUCCCAGACUGAACACGGAGGAGCUGAUGUUCGAACUCAACAGGAGGAUUAAAGAUCUAGACACAGAUAACAGCAUCAAGGACAGGUUGGUCAGUAUCCUUAAGGAUUUGAUGUUGGAGGAAUACCGUCAGUUGAAGAAGUCACAGGUCAGUUCUGCAGACGACAUGACGAUGAAGACCGAGGAUGAAGCAGCCAGGGCUCGUCAUAACAACGAACUGAACAAUAUUGCAAGUACGCAAGGUCUAGAUACAACCAAUUCAAUGGAUGCUUCUCGCUCAGAUAAGCCCCCGGAAGGCGAUCAACCCUGUGAUGAAGCACCCUUGGCUUCUCGUCAACCGACUCUCGACAACGGUGACAUACAUAAGCGGGAAAGUCCUAUGCCCGAACAAAAUCAAAUCGGGCAAGUUUCUAUACCGCCCAACCCGGAUCAUGCUAAAAGCUGUACGGACGACAGAGACACUGGUUCCAUCAACAGCGGGCAUGACCAAGGCCAUAUGCAGAGUAACCAGCCCAUUGAUUAUCCAAUUUACGAUAUUUCAACCGAUUUUAAGCCCUACGCGUGUAAGGUAUGCGGAUUAAGAACAAUGUACCGACAAAAUCUGGCCGCGCACAUGCGGCGUCACAAAGGACGAAAGCCCUUCCUGUGCGGCGAAUGUGGCUACAGGGCAUACCAUAAGUUCCGUCUUGUAGAACACAUGCGAACGCACACUGGGGAGAAGCCGUUCAAGUGCGACCAAUGCGACUACAAGACGGCAUACAAAGUCGACCUGGUUGCUCAUUUGAAAAAGCACGCAGGUGAGGAACCUUACAGAUGUAAAAUCUGUGAUUACACGACAUAUCGAAAACCUGACAUCAAGAAGCACACAAUGAGGUGCCACGCUGGUGUGAAACCCCACAAAAAUAAAAACAAAAAGAAGAAAAAAUGACCUCACAUACUUGACGUAGGAGAAGUCUCCCCGGUGAAAGACCCUACUGUUGUCAAAAGUCUGACUUCAAUGCAAGCGUAAAGAGUAGAAUCGUCCUAAUCUCCAAGCAGAUCAUCCAUGAACAAGACUGUAUCCAAGGGGCCGAUCGCAACUAAAACACUAUCCAAUUGCCCUGGACAAAUUCGGAGUAGCAUUGUGUCUCAUCGGAGAGACACGCACCAAUGAAAAUAUUGCCAGUAACCAACCAGAUAUGAGACAUCCUUAACAUUUCUUGCACUGCAACUAUUGAUGCAAUUUGUAUAAUAAUUGCCCAUGAUCGCGUACUAUGUUUUAAUAAGAAAUAUUGUUUCUAUAGUUUGUCUUUUUUGUUCACUCAAAAUGAUGUAUCACAAAUUUCGUGUUCGUAUUUGUAUUUACAGAGAAGUCAAAGUAAGCAGAUCGAUUUUAACAAUACGUAGUUGGCAUGUAUUCUUUGAAUAACGUUACAUUAUUUAUCUGUGCGUAGCUGUUUAGUAACAAACGACAUAG